GCAGUCUACACCCUUCUCUGCAUUCCUACAGUACCGUGGCCCUGUCAGAGCAGUCCAGACUUUACAGGGGAUCGUAUACAGGAAGAGGAGAGGAAGAGAAGAAGACAGAAGCCUGAAGAGACUGACAGAGAGUGUCAGAGAGAGGUGUGACAAGUAGAGAAAUAAUAGUUUUCGAGUCAAGUCAGGGAGAGGAGGCAGGGAGAGCUCAGAGAGAGAGAGCUGUCCAAAGAAGUGGAAGAGAGAUCAGAGUGCAAAGAGAUCAACAGGAAAAACAAACUUGGUGAGAAAACAAAAACAAUCGGUUUGGGUAGGUUAAAAGGUACAACUGCCGUACAGUACUGUACUCGACAGCCGGAUCUGACCAGAACUAGCGUCGCCAUGGUGACCCUGGACACGCGGACCCUGACGGUACCCGUGGGCAUUGUGAGAAUGCUGGAGGUGGUCCUCACCUGUAUCUCCUUCAGCCUGGUGGCCUCGGUGGGUCACAUCGGCUCAUCCUACUGGGCCUGGUGCAUGUUCACCUGGGUCUUCUGUUGCUUCGUCACCCUCUUCAUCCUCAUCAUGGAGUUCACCACCCUCCAUGCCCGGGUGCCCAUCUCCUGGGAUGACUUCACCACCGCCUUUGCCAUGCUGUCCACGCUCAUGGUGCUGGCUGCCUCCAUUAUCUACCCCACCUUCUUCACCUGUGCCUCAUGCGGGAAGCAGAUCGCCGCCACCGUCACUUCCUGUCUGGCCUUCAUCUUGUACGCCACGGAGGUGGGCCUGACCCGGGCCAAACCCGGCGAGAUCAGCGGGUUCCUCUCCACCGUCCCGGGCCUCCUCAAGGUCCUCGAGGCCUUCGUGGCCUGCAUCAUCUUCAUCUCUCUGGACCAUGGCCUCUACUCGCGGUUCCCAGGGCUCCAGUGGUGCGUGGCGGUCUAUUCGCUAUGUUUCAUCUUCGCCCUCAUCAUCAUCCUCUUUACUAUCUGCCGCCUGCUGUCGCUCUUCCCGUUCCCGUUCGACAAGGUGCUGACGGGCUACAACGUGCUGGCCGUGCUGAUGUACAUGACGUGUGUGGUGAUAUGGCCUCUCUAUAGCUUCCAGAACAACCACAGCAGACCCAGCGGGUGUGGCCGCUCCUGCUACUGGGAUAACCUGGUCGUAGUGGCAUUCAUGACCUGUUUCAACCUUGUGGUUUACAUUGUGGACACGGUCUACUCUUUCAAGCUGGUGUUCUUCGUCACCCCGGCUUAGGUCAAAGGUCACCCACCUUACCCAACCUGAGAACUGGCCCUGAAACACAGUGCCGGAUCUUAAACAAUAGACUGAACUUUGCUUUUGUAUGAAUACAGCAAACUGUAACCAUGCUGUUUUUUUGGAACACUAAUUCGUAUUGGGAGAAUGUCUCUGUAUGGUGGAUAAUAACCGUUUUACUUGGCAAGAUUACAUUUUUGUGAAUGAUAAAAUGGGGUUAUAAUACUGCUAGCAAUUCACAAACCAUGAGGUGGAUAAGAAUGUUCUGAAUGCUUGGAUCCGUACGUAGAUUCAAUGUAUAUUUUGUCUUCCCGUCUUUAAAAUACACAAGGAACUAUGCAGUGCGCCCUAUGCAGUCCACAUGGGCUGUAAUCAAAGUGAAUAGAAAGAUCAAAGAGCUGUUCUUGAUUUGUUCAUUUUAUUCUCUCAUUCUGUUCUCCAUUUCAUCUCUGUCUCUCUGGCCUUGAUUCAAUCAGUUCAGCGUUAACCCCCGAUAACCCACAACUGCAUAGCAGAUAAUUGUUUUUACUGAUUUGACAGCUCCAACGAUGUUACACCUUUGUCAUGGCCCAAAUAAAAACAGAUCUGCUAUGCAGUCGUCGGUUAUCACGGGUUAACGUGGAACUGAUUGAAUCUAGGCCUCUCUCUCUCUCUCUCUCUCUCUCUCUCUCUCUCUCUCUCUUUGUGCGUCUACUGUACCUACUUUAAUCCUGACAAACAUGCAGUCCAGACAGAUAUGACAGAAUUCAGCUCAAACAUGAAUCUGAAUAAGUGAAACAUAACUUUUGACAUUUAGCUGAUAUGACUAAAUUGUUUUAAUAAUGUUAUAUAACAAUAAAAGAAAGAAAACAUUUG